AUGGAUAGGUCCUACUCCUCACGGUACACGCGGAGCGAUUUGAGCUCAGGCAUGGCUAGCUCCGGCACCAGGACGGGCCGGUUCCUCCGUUACUCUGGCGCCCACACUACUACCGGUCUGGACCGCGUGGCUGCCCCAUCCGCCCACGAGAUGUCAUACACAGCGCGCAAAUACUCCUCCCCCACGUACACGCCAGGUGGGCAGCGUCGUAGCGGCAGCCAGGAGAACGACCGGGCGCGAGGCAGCCAAGAGCGACCGACUUCAGGGCGGGGACCGAGCACAGACCGCUUGAGUUCAGGUUACUCCUCCAGAAGAGGCAGUUCGGGCACUGACCUGCACUCUGCUUCUUCCUCCUCUGUAUACUCAAGUUUAAACUCCGCCAGCACCGCAAAAUCCGCAGCCAGGUCCUUGUACAGCGCCGGGACCUACGGGAGGACGUCAUCGGGAACAAAUUUCGCUAGUGUCUCCAAGGCCAGCAGCAAAGCGGACGGGAGUCGUCAUUCGAACGAUCGGGACGGAGAUUCUGAAAACAAGUAUUCCAGGAUAAGCGGUGCCACGGACAUCCCCGGGUCCUCCAGUCGGCAGGGCGGCAGGCAGGACACUCCGGACAGGAGCGCGCGGGACAAGGGGAACGACCCAGGUGUUACCCACCACCCGCCGGUGUCUGCUUUCAUUAGUGGCUACGCAACUCUCGAGCGACGCAACAACCGGAGAAGGAAGGAUCUUCUGCCCGAUCGUAAAAGUGUUGACCGUGUGCUGGACACCUCGCCAUCCUUCUCAUCCCUGGAGCGCAGGAGUAAAUACGGACGAACAUACACCUGUGACCUGCCCAGCUGCAGAACAACCCCGGUCAAGGACUAUACCAAGGAAUUAUAUUCUAAGUACUCCAGUGCGGCGCGAGGCAGCAACAGCAGCAGUGUCAUCGACAACAAUAGCAACAACAACAGUUACAGUCGCGCCAACUAUAACAACAAGAGCAGCAGCAGUAGUAGCAGCAGCAGGAGCAUCAACAACACAAGCACUAACAAGAUGAACAGGGCGUUAAGUCCCACCAGUAGUGAUGGUCACGGGCCACAAGAGCGUGAACGUAGUCCCUCGGUACGCGCUAUCUACGAGGGUUUGGCCAGAAUCAACCAAGCUUUAGAAAAGCAUCGCACCGACACAGACAGCGCCUUGCCAGGCAGUACUAGUAGAACUGUGCCACCACCACCGCCUCCACCACCGCCGCGGCCAUCGUCAUCGUCAUGCCCCAGACAGACCCGCGAGGCGCACACCAUGAAGGCAGCAUUAGCAGCCUCCGGGAAUCGCGCCGCGGGUGGCGGCAGCAAGCCAACCCGCACGCGCGUCAACAAGUUCGCACCCACCACUGAGAAAAUUUGCAUCGAGAAGCAAGUGAACGUCGUGCCUCACAUAGAGAUACCGGGGGAGUUUUGGGGGGCACGUGGGGAGAAGGGAUGUGAGGAAGAGCACGGAGAAGUGUACACGGGAGCCGCCGCGCCUGGGAGAACGAACGCGUCGUGCCUGGCAACUGUUGCAGCUCGUCCAGAGGCUGGUCUCUAUAAAUAUCUGAGCGGCUGGGUGGCGCUGGGCGUAGGCGGGGGUGGUGAUGCUGCGGCGGCAACUGACGUCUCUUGCGUAAUGACAGCUGAGGAUAAGGGGGUGAGUGUUGCGAGGGAGCAGCGGUGGAGGCUGGGGACGGCGGGUGUGUCUGGUGUGUUGAGCUGUGCUGGGUGUACGUAUUAG